AGGACGCUCCCAUUAUCCGGCUCCUGCCGUGUUGGAGGCAGCUGGACCAGCCGUGCAUUAAUAGAUUACACAGAGGAUUUGGGCUCGCCAACAGCGAGGGGAACGCUCGCAGGAGGCAGCGCGGGCAAGGCCAGGGCGGCUUGCCGAGCCGGCGGGGACGGACGCAGACCCCGCUAACACCUUUUCCAGCAGAGCCCCCCAGAGCCCCCGGCUGCCACCAUGGAUGAGUGGGACCUCCCGCAGUGGAAGAAGGAGGUGGAAAGCCUGAAGUACCAGCUGGCCUACAAGCGGGAGAUGUCGUCCAAGACAAUACCCGAGUUUGUGAAGUGGAUCGAGGACGGCAUUCCAGAAGAUCCCUUCUUGAACCCGGAGCUGAUGAAAAACAACCCCUGGGUGGAGAAAGGCAAAUGCACCAUCCUCUGAGGGGGUCAGCCCCCACCUGCGCCGGCUCCUGCGGCCCCUCGCUCCCCCACACUGAAUGUACACUUUUUUAUUAGCUAGCU